CUCUCCCAUUGGUCCACACCCCGGCUGACUGCACGAGAACAGGGGAACUUUUGCCGUGAACAGGCAGAUGAGUUCAGUGUGUGAGUUUGGCCGUCUGACAACAAGUGUUUUUUUUCCGCGGAGAACUGUUUCACAGCACCAAGGAGAGAGAGGCAGCUGCUCACUUUAAAAUAUAACCUAAGUAUCAAAGUAAUGACCGCCACAACCUGACUUAUCAUUUAAGAGAAUACCUGGUCGUCCGUUGCGGUGUUUUGUGUCCCGGGUGCGUCGUGAGUAGACUAAUUAGUUGAUUCGCAUCACCCGGCAAUUCCCGGUUCAAUCUGCAGGGAAACCUGGCCAGAAGUCGCCAGGUGGACGGCGACAAAGGCUCCUCGUGUGUUCGGCGUUUCGACUCUUCCGUAACUCCGCUUAACUUGACUACACCUGCCCCGACAUGUACAGCAUGAUGGAACACGAGCUGAAGCCAAGCGGCCAGCCGCCUAAUCACCAGACCUCCCAGGGAAUGUCGCCAAUCACCGGCAACAUGACCGGGGGCAUGGGCGGCAAUGGCAACUCUCACCCGGGCUCCAAAACGGCAUGCGCACCCGGAGUCGACCCCAUGGAUAAAGUCAAGCGGCCCAUGAACGCCUUUAUGGUCUGGUCCAGGGGACAGAGGCGCAAGAUGGCCCAAGAAAACCCCAAAAUGCACAACUCCGAGAUCAGCAAGCGGCUGGGAGCGGAGUGGAAACUCCUGACCGACGCUGAGAAGCGGCCUUUCAUCGACGAGGCCAAGCGGCUCCGGGCGGUCCACAUGAAGGAGUACCCCGACUACAAGUACAAGCCCCGCCGCAAGACCAAGCCCCUGCUGAAAAAGGACACUCAGAUGGGCAAGUACCCACUGUCAGCGGGCAACCUGCUGGCGGCGGCGCAGGGCCAAGGUGGUAGUCCGAGGAUGGACAGCUACGGCUGGGGCCCCGCCGGGGGGUACGCCGGCAUGCAGGGCGAGGCGCUCGGCUACACACAGCAGCUCCACCGGUAUGACCUGUCAGCGCUCCAGUACCCACCUUCAAUGACGGCAGCACAGACGUACAUGAACGGAGGCAACUCGUACAGCCCCAUGUCCUACAGCAGCAGUCCCCAGCAGCACAGCCCCGUCACCAUGUCCAUGGUGAAAGCGGAGCCGGUGUCCCACUCGCCCCCGACGGGGACGCCCAGCCACCACCGGGGCCCUCUGCAGGGCGACCUCAGGGACAUGAUCAGCAUGUACAUCCCCGGCCCCGGGGGGGACGCCGGGGACCCCACGGCAGCACAGAGGGGCUACACCAGUGUCCAGCAGCACUACCUCACCGGGACCGUCCCACUCACACACAUCUAGGACUGGAAGUGGGAGCCGGGGGGGAUGGGGGGGUGGGGGGGUGAACUGAGUGGGCGGAACAGAAAUGCUCACGAUGCACAGCUGGCUGGACAGGAGAUGGGAGUCUGUGGGGGGGGACUUUAGACCGGCAAAGCAAAGAGACGUAAGACGUGAAGGAAAACCCAUUUCCUGCAUUCAGUCUGAGUUGAGAUGUGCCUGCAGUUACAGACGCACAAGAACCGACGACAUUUUUAUUCACUAUUCAUAGUUUUUCUACCUCUUUGGUGCCCCAUCAGUUAAGAUAAAUGCCACCCGCUCCCACCAACCACCACCUGUACCCCCCCACCGCCGCUGACUGCUCUCCAGGAAGGACUGCAGCGAAGACAAGGGGCCACGUCUGUUUAUUGUGUACAUAUAAGGAAAUGUUUGUCUUAUUUUUUCUGUCCUCUUUUAGACUCCUUUUUUUUUUUUUAAAUACCACUUUAAACACUUGAGACCCUGGCACUCAUGAGCCUUCCACCAUACCCAGCAAGUGGCUGGGGGGAGGGCAGGGGGCGGAGGAGGAGGAGCUGUUUGACCACGGAGCCAGUCCCCGCCGCCUGCAGCCACAGCACAGAGACACCUGUCCUGGCAACCAUGUUUGACAGAUCCCAAUCUCUCAGCCGGUGACGGACCAAUCACCUGAGCUGAAGUGCUCGGGUUGUCCUGAUGUGUGGGCGGAGCCAGGGGGCCGGCAGGGGGAGAAUGGGAAGGAAAUGCACAACUUGAAUGAUGAGCUUUUUCUUUAUUUUUUUUUCUUUUAACAAACUCUUUGUGCCUUGGCUUUGCUUUAGUACUCUUGCAUUUUUCUGUGUUUUUUUUUUUUUAAUUUUUUUUUUAAUUUUUUUUAACCUGCUGAAAUCUAGUUGGAUGACAUGGGGAACCUCCCCCCCUGUUGGACAAUCAACACUGCAUCCACAGGAACUGAACAGAACACACUGGCUUCUAUGAUCUGUGGUGUCGCUAAAUCCCGUUUCAGUAGGCCUGUAGUGUCCUCCGUCCCACCACACCACUGCUGGUUUUGCUGCCUGUAUGAGUUUGAUUUGCUGUAUUAGUUUUAGAUUUGAUCUGUUGAUAUAAAUGUUAAGAUGCGUUGUUCUGGAGUCGCUCUGUGUGUUCAUUGUCACUUUGCUCUAGGCAAGAGUUGUAUUUUAUUUUUUAUUUUUUUUUGGCUUUUUCAGUAAGUGAAUGAAAUUAAAUUUGAAAUGCUGCAUUUCAGUUGUUUUAUUCCAAACGGCAGAUUAAGACUUGCAAAUUAUGUCUUCCACCAAGUAAACUGGAUUGGCAAA